UUUGCAACUAUCAGUAGGGAAGAUGAUUUUUUAACAGCCUCAUGCUUUUUGUUAUAAAGAAGGUAAGUACUCUCUAGUGUCUUGCUUGAUUCAAGAACAUCCUAGCUGCUGAGUCUAAUAAGCUAUAGGGCACUCUUCUGAAAUCUGGUGCUGAUACAUUCCACACGUGACCUCAUUUCCUCUGGAAGAAAAUCCUUCCUGCUGAAUCAGAUGGGUUUACAGAGGCACAAACAUAACAACCUAUGUCUUUUAAAAACUGCUGAUGUGUCUGUCCUAUGCCUUCUCAAGAGUGGCAAUGUUCCCUCUUUCUCUAGAUGAAAAUCCAUACUUUCCCGGUGAGAAGUGUGGUUUGCCCAAGGCAGAGUGGCUUGUAAUGAGAGAGCUUAUCUGCCUUAAAGUCAUCAUCACUUCCUGGCUUAAGAUGCGGUCCACAGCCUCACUCCCACCUCGGCUCCCUGAGUAGCAGGUGGGUUCACUUAGGACAGCACGUCAUCCAAACCCAGCAGCCAUGUUCUCCUUUGGUUCCAAAUGUACUUUGUAAACACCAAGACCCAUCACAGGAGUUUAUACAGCUAGGAACAGAGUCAAAGAGACCUCAGAUAGAGAAUGGGUCAAAGCAGUAGUUUGGGACACUAAAUUACUGUAGCAAACUAUCAAAUUCUUGCCAUUUCCCUACUCGAGCUGAAGCUGACAACCUAAACAUGGUUAGAUUUCACAUGAGCCUGAGACUCUGGGAGUCAAAACAUGAGAAGAAACAAGAUCCCACGUAUCACAUGUGAGGCUGUGCAGGCAGAGCGAAGUCAGCUGGGUCAGCUCGGCAAUGUUCAGAGAGAAAUAUUAAGUAAUGUCUCCCUACAGGUGAUUGUUUCAUGUGCUCCCAACUGUGGACUGUAACCCUGAAAUUCUGGCAGCCUUAUCCAAAGAGUAGUUCCUCUUAAACUGUUACUCCUAACUGUAUGGAGAGACAUUACGUGCUACACAUACCUAAUUUUGGUAUCCCAUCCAAUUUAAUGCGUGUGGGCCCAACUGUUCCAUUCAAGCACUCUAAAUGCACGCGCACACGUGUGCAUGCGUGCGUGUGUGUGUGUGGUGAAAGGUAAGGCAGCGUGCUACAUUGUUUCUGUGUGUGGAUGUGUCAUUUCGAGAGUAGUUUCUGAGCACAGCCCAGAGACCUGGUUUCAGAUGCCUGUCAGGCAUUCUCAGGCUCAUUAAUAAUGGACAGCUCUGACAGCAGCAGCCUUGCUUGCCUUUGUUUUCCACCGUAGAUGAAGGGAGACAUGGAUCUCUCUGUUUUGCCAAAUAACAACCAUCCUGACAAAUUCCUGCAGCUUGACGUGAGGUCUUUAAUGAGGAACUCAGCCCUUCUUCAGGCCAGUCUGGUGAAGUUUCCGGGAGGGAAUUACCCUGCUGCACAGCCCUGGCAAAACCUCAUCUACUCACAGAGAGAGAAGAAGAAUAUUACUGCUCAACGAAUGAGGAGAUCCAGUUUGGAGAGUGCUGUGAGCACAGAGAGCCCCCCACCAUCCCUGUCAUCAGUUCUGAAGAAUAACCCACUAUACGGUGAUGAGAGUUUGGAGGAUGCUAUGGAAGGAAGAAGAAAGAAUCCUUCAUGGACCGUUGAGGAGUAUGACAAGCAUUCCCUGCACACAAACCUCUCUGGGCAUCUGAAGGAAAGUCCUAAUGACCUACGGUUUUGGUUGGGAGACAUGUACACACCCGGUUUUGAUACCUUACUGAAAAAGGAAGAAGAACAAGAGAAGCAUUCAAAAUAUUGUCGUAUAGGUCUGAUUUUGCUCCUCAUUGCCUGCGUCUUGGUUUCCAUAGUAACUGUUAGCACUUUUUUCACCUAAAGAAACUGCCACAGACACAGUGACAUUUCUUUAAAAUCUUUCUAAAUAAACAUUUGC